AUGGAGGUGCGACAGACGACGAAGAUCACUACUGGAGCCGCAGCGAAGAUCCUGAAGAAGUUUGUGGACAACAACGAGGAAGAGACGAACACGGAUUUGAUGAUGAACGAGGAGGUCAAGUUCCAGUUGCUGCAGGUGCUCGCGCACUUGGAAGGCAGGAAGCCGCAGAUCGAGUUGCCGCAGAAGGAGGACCUGUAUGGUCAGUACUAA